AUGAUCAAGCGACGUCGCAAGUGGCGGCAACAGGAGCGCGAAAAGGCUGUCAGGAACGUCUUCGAGGCGCAGAUGCACAUGAGGAUGCGGCGGCAAAGUCUGAAGCACGCGGAGAUCAGGGAGGUUCAAGAAGUGGAGGCGGACUGCGUGACGCUGGACUUGGGUAGUGCCAGAUCCAGGGACAGUUGCCUAGCUCCGGAGCAACAAACCAAGGACAAGACUAACGACGUGAGGCUCGCGCAGUGGGUGCCGCAUUCGAUCGAGGAAGAGCUGUCGAGUCCAACAUCUUCGGACGGGAGUGGAAAUGUUAUUGGAAUGGAUAGCGCUAGGCCGGACGAGGAUCUGGUGCUGAAAGUCCGGCAGCCGCUGACGCAAGACGCAAAGUUCCGGCUGGGAAGACUCGGCGGGUUGGAUAUGUCUCGUGCCGUUCCAGCGUUCGUCUACCGAGUCUUUCUAGCUGGCGAACACCAGUACAGUGGAGAUGCGACGGAAGGAAGUACAGGAGUCUAUCGAGUUCCGCGGCUUCUACACAAUUCAAAAGCAAAUCUCCCGUCGCGACCGGCGCACUGCUACGUAUAAGCUAUAGCGUAAACUCUGUCGUCGGAUUAGAACCUAUUAGAACUCAAGUAACCUGUAGUACCCGCGGUACGGUGGGGGGCCUCCCUGGACGACGACCGGUUCCACGUAUACAACGCGCUCGGGCGGCGGCGGCGGAGGGCCUCGGUCACGACCGCCUCCACCACAACAGCAACAUGCAGCCAGGGCUCCGCAUAGACAGCAGUCCAAAUCUCCACAACAGUCGCAGCCCGGUCCAUCACAGUCACAGCAUGGACCACAACAAAAGCACCCGUCGUCGGGUCCAUCGUCGCAACAGCAGGGGAUGCACAUCGUAGCUCGGUUUGUCUGGUAUUUGGUCGGCGCUUCGAGGUCGGAUUGAAGAAUGAGAGACGCAGCAGAUCAGGUCGCACAGGUGGGCUGGAGACGUGGGUGUAUCGUAUGGAUUCUCUGUGCUAUGCUCGCGGUGCUGAUCACAACAAUCUGUGACGUGUGGGAACUCGCUCAGGUUUUCGUAGGAAAUUGCGGGACUCACAAGUGUAAACAAAUUGUGUGCUUAAGUAUAUUGUUACGUGCAACUUGCACGGUUGGCCCAUGGUACAUGCAUCUAUUAGGGAGCGACUUGGUCCAGACAGAAUGUUGUGUAAUGGUGAGCUUACGUCGUAGCUGCAACGAGACGUUAGUGGCUCCCUACUCGCAAGACCUAAGCUAUCACUCGGCAACAAAAUCACUCUCUAAGAGGCAUAUACUCCACGUCUAUUGUCAUUGCA